AUGGACGACCAGGAGCUCAUCUGCUCGGCCAAAACGGUGCUCGUGGUGUCCAACAGCGUGCUGGCAGCCAACCUGUCGGGCAGUCUCGAGGCCAUAGGUAUCCCACACUCGGCGGCCGACAAGGCGGUGGGGCGCCGCAAGGUGCGCACCGAGGUCAACGGUACACCUCCUGGACUGGCACGUCAGCUUCGACGACGGGCUGGUCAUGCGGUGGGCGGCGCUGCCCGCGGACGGUGCCUCACGUCCGUGCUGGCGGCCACGGUGGGGCUGCACGACCCCUUCAUCGCCCUGCGGGUGCAGCUGGUGGCGUCGUGGUGCAGUCUCUGGUUCUCCGACGUGUCCCUGCAUGGCCGCAUCAGGCGCGCCUGGCCGAGGGUCCUGGGGGCUCUACGGCGCGCUGGCAAGUGGCGCUGGAGGCGGGCUCAAGGACCCGUGGGCGCGCUGCAAGCUACGUUGCUGGACAUGGGUUGGGACCCGCGCGCGGCCUCUGUCUGGGUGCGUCCGGCGGCCGAGGGCGUGGACGAGGGGAGGCUGGCGGGCGCCGCCGACGACAGCUUCCACACAUGCGCCGACUUCAGCGGGGUGCUUCAGGACGUCGAGGAGGACCGCAGGCGCCAGCUCUGGCAGUCUGCGGCGUCGCACCUGCAUGGGGACGACCUCGUCGGCGGCGCGGACUUCCUGCACAUCGGCCGCGAGCUCAGCAAGCUGGAACGCGAGGCUCGUCAUGCUGAGUGGGGCACCACCCUCACUGUUUUCUCUGGCGGCCAGCGGACGAGAUCCCGUCGUGCUGAUGCUGGCUACGCGCUGGAGCAGGAGGGCUGCGCGCGGCGCGGCUGUGCGGUCGAGACCCUGGUGCACAGGAUCUGGCAGUGUCCUGCGAAUGUGGGCGAGGAGUUCGAGUCCAGCGCUGCCCUUGUGCCUCGGGCGCUCGCUGGACAUAAGGCAUCGCCCGCCAUGUGGUUGCGUGGGGUGCCCGCCUCCAGCCUGACCACCCCCGUCUUCUGUGACCUGAGGGCGGAGCAGGCCGCGGUGUCCCUUGGCACGGGCGGCACCCUGGAGGCGACGAGGCGCGAGGACGGCUUCGUGGUGGUCUACGGUGAUGGCUCUGGCGAGAAGUACUCUGACGACCCGAGGCGCAGACGCUGUGCGACCAGCAUCGGGGCCAUGGGCCGAGAACGGCGAGGGGCUGUGGACCGAGUUGCGUUAUGA